AUGAUCACCGAUGAUCCCCAUAGCGGGCCGAGCAAGAUGGAGUCUUGUUGCCUUAAACUCGACGCUAGAUACGCGGCGAGUGCUCGCAACUCCUUGCAGGUCUCAUCCGUGACCGCAUUGUCGGGACUCUGCCAGCCUUUCGGCAUGGGUCAGGGGCACGUUCUGCAAGAGAACCAACACAAGGCGAAAUUGGUGGUCAGACUGUUGGUCAAGCACUUUUCCAGCUCUCGAGAUGCCGGCGGAUUCCUUCAUGAUGACUUGGCCCAUGCUAUCCCAGGCCUCCCUGGCCCGCUUGCAGUCGAGGUUACAUGCGCAGAAAACCACACUUUGACCAUGUCACGUUCUCGUGUACGUAAAUCUCGACCGCUGCACCGCAACGAGGUGAUCGCCCCUUUCUGGGCGGGGAAGAAGCGUUUCGUCUGUGCUGGAUCGGCUCGCGACUGCGAGACAUCUGGCGUGAUCGUCUUUGUGGUUGAUGAGAGCUUCUCUUGUGGAAAGAAUGAGUGCAGAUCCGGGACAAGCAGUAUCACCAUGCUCGGCACGAGCCAUUGGAUGCUGGUUGCUCAAGGCUGCCUGCUAUCAACCUGGGAUUGUGAGCCAUGGACUUGGUACUGCGAGAACCAACAUGAACCCAAUGAUUCGGAAGAGAUUCCAACUGUUGGUAACCCCUUGAAAAACUCUCUCGUUCUGGCUGUCCGCAGUUCAGGGCUGCAAGGGCCGACUCUCUAUAUGACACCACACCCAACCUCUUACGGUUCUAGACGCACAGCACCCUAG